AUGGGUCGUGUCAGAAAGCCAGGAGCAGCUUUAUGCUUUCAAGUGGGUGUUCUCUACCCAUGGCACAAUGAAAUUGAUAAGAGUCAACAUGAUUUGGCUGAAAAGGUAGAUAAAUUGACUCUAAAUUCAAUUGGAAUGCCAGCAACAUCCUCUUCAUUGAGGUUAUCUGUAACACCACCAUCUCAAAGUGGAAUAAUCUCAGAAGGAGGUGGAGGAGGAGGAGGAGCUACAAUCCAGCCAGCUGUUCGAGUUGGACAAGGAUCUCCAGUACUAUUGGAUUCCCAAUUAAAAAGACCACCAACCAAUAUUUAA